AUGUCUGAUGCAGAUAUUGAAAAAUUAUUAUCAAAAAGUCAAGAUGAAAAUCCAUUAACAAUAAUUGAUGAAGUACCACCAAUUAAAUUGGAAGAUAUUCAUAUUGUUUAUCGUGUAACGAAACAAACCCUAUUUGAGGAUACUGCCGAACAAGGAUUUGUUAUUUUACUUGAUUAUACAGCUGAUGCUUCAUUAAAAGAAGAAGGUCUUAUUCAUGAAAUUACAACUCCAGUUCAAAAACUUCGAAAAAAGUUUCUUUUUUAA